AUGAAAGUUUCUAUUCGUUCCAAUCCAUUCCUUUUGAGCUUUGCUGCUGCAUUCGUGUUGCUUGUUCUCUCAUCCACCACCAUUUCUCCUGUUCAAGCACAAUAUGAGUUGAUCCAAACAUUCCCAUCUCUCACCUGUAAUGGAACAUCUUUGGUUCAACAGUACAACAUGACCUAUUCUUGUAAACCUCAAAAUUGCUCCACCAAUGUCCCUCCAUCAAUGGGUGGAUUGAGUACCACAACCACUUGCACCAACACUGCUCCACUCUCUCCAAAAGUUGGAGAACGCAUGUCAAUCCGUUACAGUGAUCUAAAAUGUUCAGGAAAUGUAACACUUGUGUCUAUUGUUGCAUUGGAUGCUUGUAUUCCAUCUUUUAACACAACCUUUGGCUCUUACAUGUAUAAGGGUUGCAAUUCUUUGGUGACUUACAGUGAUCAAAAUUGUCAAAAUAUGCUCAAUUUAGGUUCCACUGGUAGCCAUGAUUGCUUUUUUGGAACAAUAAUUAAGUGCACUACUUCUGCAGGCUUUAUGGUGAGAAAUAGCGCUGCAAUUGUGAUUUCAGUAAUGAUUGCUGUCAUGAUGAUGAUCUUUUCCAUGUAA